AUGCCUGCGUACGCCACCAACAUGAGAAUCAAGUUCCCUAUCGUGGCCUUGGCUUUGGAAGUUAUUACCAUCAUCCUGUUUGCAGUCUUUGUGGUUUACGAUGACGGCAAAGGUCACGGCCACGAUGCACACAGCAACGGCACGGGCCAUGGAGACCAGCCUAUGCAGCUCUAUCCCAUGUUCCAGGAUGUCCACGUGAUGAUCUUCAUCGGCUUUGGAUUCUUGAUGACCUUCCUAAAGAGAUAUGGCUUCAGCAGCGUGGGUGUCAACCUGCUAUUGGCUGCCUUUGGCCUGCAGUGGGGCCUUCUCAUGCAGGGCAUUUGGCAUCUGGAUCAUGGCAAGAUUAAGAUCAACAUCUUUAAAAUCAUCAACGCAGACUUCAGCACAGCAACAGUCCUCAUUUCCUUUGGCGCAGUACUUGGUAAAACCAGCCCUGUGCAGUUGCUCAUCAUGACCAUCCUGGAGAUCACCAUCUUCUCCAUUAAUGAGCAUCUGGUGGCAGAAGUCAUGGGGGCUAAUGAUGUCGGAGCCUCCAUGAUCAUUCAUGCCUACGGAGCCUAUUUUGGUUUGGCCGUAGCUCGAGUGCUUUACAGACCCGGAUUGAGGAAUGGUCACGAGAACGAUGGCUCCGUUUAUCACUCUGAUCUGUUUGCUAUGAUUGGGACUGUGUUCCUCUGGAUGUUCUGGCCCAGUUUUAACUCAGCCAUUGCAGACCCAGGUUUCACCCAACUCACUGCAGUAAUCAACACCUACCUCUCCCUGGCCGCCUGUGUUCUCUCAGCCUACGCCAUUUCUAGCCUGGUGGAGCACAAAGGAAAACUCGACAUGGUGCACAUUCAAAACGCCACCCUGGCUGGCGGCGUUGCUGUGGGAACUUGCGCUGACAUGAACAUCGGGCCUUUUGGAGCGAUGCUGAUUGGAUUAGUGGCUGGUAUCAUUUCCACACUGGGCUUCAAAUACUUGACACCUGUUCUGGCCUCUAAUCUGGGCAUCCAGGAUACCUGCGGUGUACACAAUCUGCACGGCAUGCCGGGCAUACUGGGUGGUUUGGCUGGUAUUGUUGCUGUGGCUUUGGGGAAAAAGGAUGGGGGUACAGCUACCAUGCAAGCCGCUGCCUUAGCUUCAUCCCUUGGAUUCGCUUUGGUUGGAGGGGCCAUCACAGGUUUAAUAAUGAAGCUACCUAUCUGGGGACAACCUCCUGACCAGAAUUGCUUCGAUGACUCUAUUUACUGGGAGGUCCCUGCAGAGGAAGAGGAGAAUGAAGAAAGCUUGGCUCAUGCAGAUCACUCAAAGAACAAAGCAGAUGUAUAA